CUUAAGGCUCAAGGUCAAAAGGUUAUAAAUAUUCAAUUUCCUACAUUGAAUGAUGAUCAAAAAUUUUACCUUAAAAAGAAAUAUUUAAAGUUCCUCAUUGAUUGCGGACAUCAACUUGAAUUAUCGAAAUGUGAAUAUUUCAAAGAGUUUGUUACAACUUUGAAUCCAUUAUUUGAGGUUCCAACUGAUGAAUCUUUAAGUUACCUAGCUGUUAAUUUAUAUGAUAUCGCUAUAGAUGCAUUAAAAAAGAUAUUCCAAAAAACAGAUAAAAUCUGUUUAACUUGCAAUUUCUGGAAAAGUAAGGGGCACGGUAUUAUUGUGAUCACGGCAAAUUGGAUUUCAGAUGAUUAUAAACAUCAAGAAGCCUUUUUAACUUUGGAAGAGAUCGAUUUUCCAUUCACCCCUAUAUCAAUCAAAAAAAAAAAUAAGAGAGAUCAUACAUGA